AUGAAGUCACUACUUGCUGCCAUUGGCCUUCUACGCAUUGCUUCUGCUGUGCCCAGGGCGCAGACAUCAUACAAACCACCGUCGAGCGAUGGAUCGCCAACUGUGACGGUCAAGAACGGCACCAUCUCGGGAGUGCACUCCUCAACGUACAACGAGGAUUACUUUUUAGGCAUUCCCUUCGCACAACCACCACUCGAUGAGUUGCGAUUCAGGAAUCCACAGAGCAUCAACACGUCGUACGAUGGCAUCCUUGAAGCCACGGAAUAUGCCCCAGAAUGUUAUGGCUAUGGCGGCGAUCAAAUCGGAUAUCCACAAUCCGAGGACUGCUUGUAUCUGAACGUCAUCAGGCCAGCUGGUUAUGAGAACGAGGCUUUGCCCGUCGGUGUGUGGAUCCAUGGCGGUGGACUUUACCAAGGAGGCACAAGAGACGAGCGUUACAAUCUCUCCUUCAUCGUUCAGAACAGCGUGGAGAUCGGCAAGCCAAUCAUCGCAGCAUCGAUCGCCUACCGUCUUGGACCAUGGGGCUUCUUGGCCUCCCAAGAAAUCAGCGGAAGUGGUAACACGAAUGUUGGACUCAGAGAUCAACGACUUGCUUUGCACUGGAUCAAUGAGAAUAUUGGUGCUUUUGGCGGUGAUAAGGAUAAGGUGACCAUCUGGGGUGAGAGUGCAGGUGCCGGCUCGGUGGGUUGGCACAUCGCCGCUUACAAUGGUCGCGAUGAUGGACUGUUCCGCGCCGGCAUCAUGCAGUCCGGAAACGUGGUGAACUACGUCUCAUACAGAACGAACGAGCAUUAUCAGCCGCAGUACGAUGGGCUGAUCAACGCCACGGGUUGCUCGACAGCAACAGACACGCUGAGCUGUCUGAGAUCCCUUCCGUCAGAGACAUUGGUCGAUCUUUUCAACUCCACCACCGGGCUUUCGUAUAGCUGGGGUCCGAUCGUCGAUGGCGACUUCAUCCAAAGGUGGGCGAGCAUCCAGCUUGCCGAGGGCGCUUUUGUCAAGGUUCCGAUUAUUGAUGGCGCAAACACGGACGAGGGUACAGCAUUCGGGCCUGUUGGCAUCGACACCGAAGCGGAUUUCGCCGAGACCAUCUCAAACACAAGUCGCAGUGCCUUUGUACCAGAGUCCUUCGUCGACCAAGUCCUCGAAGUUUAUCCAAAUGAGCCCGAAUACUGGAUCCCGCCCGUCGAAGAGAUUGGCGAUUUCACCUACCCAUCUCCCUACGGAGCCCAGUACCGUCGUAGCGCGGCUUACUGGGGCGACGUAAUCAUGAUCGCAAACCGUCGCGGCACAGUCGAAACCUGGGCAGCCAACGGCGUCCCCGCCUACUCCUACCGUUUCAACACCAUCCCCGCCGGCGUCCCCUCCACAGUCGGCGUCACACAUUUCCAAGAAGUCGCGUUCGUCUUCGACAACACCGAAGGUCUAGGUUACGACGAUGAACACGGCACCGUCAACCCUUUUGCCAACAAAACCCAAAAUUUCUACGAUCUUGCCGAUCUCAUGAGUAAGAGCUGGGCUUCGUUCAUUCAUGAUCUUGAUCCGAAUUAUGAGGUUACGAGACCUGCGAAUGCGCCGAUUUGGCCAGAGUAUAGUUUGGAGGAGCCGGAGAAUAUGGUUUGGGAUGCGAAUGUGACUGAGUUGGCGUUUGCUGAGCCGGAUACUUGGCGAAAGGAGGGGAUUAGGUGGAUUUUGGACCAUGCGCUUGCGUAUAAGCGAUGA